GGACAGCUGACCUGACGAUAUUCAAGCCGUGGCGUGCUUCAAUUGCUCAGCCGUUCGAACGAUAACUCCUGUUGUCUUUAUGUUAUUGCGCAUCAAAAGUUUUGAAUCUUGCAUGUUUCAUAAAUAAUAGUAAUGGAAGUCCUGCCAAACUAUUCUUACACGCCCCUCGACACCUCCAAACCUUCAAUUCGUCUUCUCCGUCUCCAGCGCAACGAACAAGGUUCAAUCAGUGGCUUGCUAGAAAGUUUUCCCCUUGAUGACCCGGAACGUCCGGUCUUUAGAACUUUGUCUUAUGUUUGGGGCCCUAAAGUCUUUCCUCACAACAUCCUUAUCAAUGGGUGUUCGUUUCCUAUACUGAGCAGUCUUCAGCCAUUUUUAGAAAUCAUCUGUGAUGACGAAAAGUUGAAGCAAAGUUGGUGGUGGAUUGACUCAAUUUGCAUUGAUCAGAAUGUGGGAUUGAUCGCAGAAGUGGAGCGCAAUACGCAGGUCGCUAUGAUGAGGAGAAUUUACGAGGAAUCAGAAAGGAGUUUCGGUUGGCUCGGUCCGGGAGACGAUGAGGGCGAGCAAGCAAUCCGCUUUUUGAAGAUGCUAGCAAAUCAGAAGAAAAGAUUAGAUUUGCUUCACCAAAGAAGAUUGGGCGGAGAUAAAAAAGCGAAAGAUGAAGAGCUAGGAAACGAGUUGAGCGAUAGGAAAAAAUGGGCUGCAUUAGAAAAGUUGUUACUGAGGCCUUGGUGGACGAGAGUUUGGACACUUCAAGAGUAUCUUGUUCCGCGAAAAUUUGUGUUUCAGUGCGGACACGAAACCAUAGAUCGGCGGAAAUUGACUAAAGCAAUGAGUACAAUAGGCACAUGCAGGAGAAUCGAUGAGACAUUGCUGGCUCAUAAAGCAUUUGAAGCUCCAUGGAUACGUCGUCGUGUAUUCCAUUGGUAUCAAAGAGGUGCCCCGACACAGUUGAUAGGGUUGAUGGGAUACAUUUCGGAUUACAAAGCUACUGAUCCUAGGGAUAGAAUCUACUCUGUUCUCGGCUUGGCUGCGGAUGGAUUCUUGGCUGAUCCGCCGAGAUAUCAGGACAGUUUUGAAACGGUUUAUUCAAAUUUGGUCAAAAGCUUUGUUGAGAAACACAAGAGUUUGGAUAUUCUCUGCUUCGUGGACCGGUUCCAUUGUUUAGAAUAUUUGAAUGGCCAGCUAAUACUUCCCUCUUGGGUGCCAGAUUGGAGAGCCGAUGUACAGCCGUGGAUGGUUCCUGCAAUAGCUGCUCAAAGUGGUGCAGGUCACAUCGGAAACCUUCGUCCUAUAAUGUUCUGGCAUCCCAAGGGCAACAAUUAUGAUGUUUUUAUGGCUGGAAAGAGCAAUCCCCCUCUAAAAUACAAUUUCUCCACAGAUCUCAGGAUACUGACCUGCCAAGGAGUGUUCGUAGAUCAUGUCGACGGUAUUGGCGGCCUCAAGGUAGUUUACACAGACGAAGAUAAGACAAGCGACGAAAUUGCCGAGGUGUAUCAGAGUAUCGAGUCAACAAGCAUACAUGGAACAACUAAAGCUUCUCAAAGCAACAUCGAGUUACUAACUCAAGCUGAAUUGGAUCCAAAACAGGCAUCUAGAUACAUGGAUCACAUUUUUCGCUGCUUGAUGCUAAAUCGGCAAGACCGAUAUCUUAGUCAGGAUAUAUCAGCCAGGGAAUUUUCGUAUCUAGAGUUCCAAGCAUUUUGCUUCGCGGCAAUGAAAAGGCCAGGUGAUGUGCAUCCCCUGUUUCUCGAUUGGUUUGAACGCAAUCGGACACUCCGAAUCGGUUCCCACUCACUCGAGCAGAUAUGCAGAGCAACACCAUUUCCGGAGUCUGAGUCCUUCGCCGGCUUUGACUUCAUGGAUAUCUCAACCAACGAACAAGGAUUCAUUUCUCGUUUCAGAGAUACCACCAAAUGGAUGGCGCGAAGACUCAUGACCACAGACCAAGGAUUCAUUGGUAUGGUUCCGUGUCGAGCACGGAAAAGCGAUCAAGUUUGGAUCCUGCUUGGAUGUAGCAUUCCUUUAAUUUUGAGAAAAUGGGAGGACAAGAAAGGCUAUCAAGUGAUUGGAGAAUGUUAUCUCCACGGAUAUAUGAGUGGCGAAAUUCAAAAAGAAGUCAUAAGUAGAAUCCGAAUAAUCGAGGAUGUAUGCUUGUUAUGACGAAUAACAUCAACAUUCUUAUUAGUCCGGAGCACAAUUCCGGCUCAGAAACUUAUGAGUUCUUGGUAUUAUAUGGCAUCUCAAGUGUUGUAGUCCCUCAGAUGAUCCAUUAAUGAGAUCGAUCCGACAUUCUGAUCAAUUAGAAUAGGUAAAUUCAAGGCCUAAACCCUUCUUGUCUUUGUGUGUACAGCACUUCUGAUCAUAGAAAUGGUGACCCGCGAUUCCUGGAUAACAGCUGAAUAUUAGUUUACAUCAAUCAUUUAAUAUCCAGCAAAGAAGUUCUGAUAGUCUGAACCUUGAAUAUUUAUGAUAUGCUUUAAAAUGGUCCGACGCUCAAUAGCCAUGAAGUCACUCCCAUGCUCAAGACAGACGCGUCCAAGUACAUAAUCACUGAACGUUGACUUUGAGUAGACAGAAAUUGUACAAGUUCCUACUUUCCCCACAUUUACCAGUACUUGAAGGCUUUAAGUAAAAACUCAGUUUUGACUACUCACCAUCUAAGAACAACGUGAAAAUGGUAGUAGGAAAUGCUCCCCACUCAUACAUUGCAGAUCUCUAUUUUCCAUGAGUUUUUGCAAAUAUCACAUAAAUCA